GUAAUACUAACGGCACUCGAGGUACUCGGAUAUAAGGUUGUUGCUUCAUCCAGUACGAGUGUUAAACAGGAUUACAAUGAGUACAUGUGGACUAUGAGAAAAGAUUUCUCAGAACCUGAGCCAGAGUCUAUCGUUAAACCAGUACCCAUUGAAAACUGUCUAAGUGUGGAGAUAACUAAAAAUCCAGAAAAGGAAGAACCUCAGCCCCACUAACACGACAAAACUUAUCAGUAAAAUAAACAUCCCAAAAUUGAAGAGAAAUCAAAAUGGUGAAGAAGAAGGGAGUUGUAUGGAAUUAUUACAACAAAAAAGUUGAUGGCACAACGGUGACAGCAUUUUGCAAAUUCUGUCACCGUUCCUACAUUCAAAAUGCUACGAGAAUGGAAAAACAUUUGGCACGAUGUGACAAGGCAUCACUUGACGUGAAAAAUUUAUUCUUGCGGGUAUCAACGAGUAAACGCGUCAAUCGUGCACGCCUUCUUGGUGCAAAAUUACCAGAGGGCUGGACAAAACGUAAUGAAGAGGUGGCACAGUUGGAUGUCAGUUCACUCACUGAGGCCGAUCUCGAGGAUAUCGAUGAAUGGAAUAGGCAAAAACAGAUGCAGGAGGACGAUCCGUCAAAUAAUAUGACUUUUAGUGAGGAUGGGGAUGAUGAUAUUGGGUGGGAUGGGAGACAAAAUGAUGUACGUGGAAUUAAUCACCAGGGACAGGCCAGGAGCAUCGACCCUCUGGUCCAAAUCCAUACUGGUAUGUUUUACAACGUUGCUGUUGACGAUCGGAAAAUGCAAAUGAGAAAAUCUAAUGAAUCAGAUCACAUGAAUCGUGCUCACACAGCCACAUCAGUUUCAAGCCUUGAGCCAACGUUAAAUCAAUCAGGUGUUCAUUCACCCCUGCAAACUAAAAUUCUGCAGGAACAAUUACUAGAGAAAAGGGCACAGCGAAAAAUUGCUGAACUGGAAUUACGUCGCAAGGCAUUGGAAUUGGAGCGCUAUCAAUGGGAAUAUGAGAGAGACAAAGCGAGAAGUGAUGAGAUUUGGGCACAUGAGUCACGUAUGAUGCAGUACAAAGAGGAACGCGAACAGAGACUCAUGGCAGAGAGUUCCUACGACACUAAACACUAAUUUCCAUUAUUUUAAUAUUUUUCAUUCACUUUUUAUUAUUUUAAUUAUCAUGACAUGUUAAAGCCUCCAAGCGAAAAUAAAGCGUUUCUUUCAUGCAAUUAAUCAUUACUAAAGAAAUACAAUUUUCAUUGUAAAAUAUUAAUCGCGUUAGAGAGAAUAAAAAUACAUCAAACAAAUA